AUGGUACAUUACUUUAAAUGUGAACUUGUGUCACCCCCAUACCUUAUUUAUAUGGGUGCAGAUAAACAUGAAAAUGACAAACUAAUUCGUUGGGGCUGGCCGGAGGAUGUAUGGUUCCACGUUGACAAGCUGUCGUCUGCGCACGUAUAUCUCCGACUUCGCGAAGGCGAAACUCUAGAUGAUGUUCCGGAAGCCGUUAUUCAGGAUUGUGCCCAACUCUGCAAACAUAACAGUAUAAUGGGCAGCAAGCAGAAUGACGUAACCAUUGUUUACACAAUGUGGGAAAACCUCAGAAAGACAGCCGACAUGGAUGUCGGUCAAGUUGGAUUCCACAAUAGCAAACUCGUCCGUAAAACUGUCGUGGAAAGGCGUAUCGGUGAUGUCAUUCGCCGUCUUGAAAAAACGCAAACAACAGUCGAAAAUCCUGAUCUUCGGGCGGAAAGAGAGGCUCGUGACGAGCGCGUCCGCCAAAAAGCCAAGGCUGCUCAGCGUGCCCGUGAACAAGCAGAACGUCAAGCCGAAAAGAUUCGCCAGUCGGAGGCCGAACGACGUUCCUACGAUCGUAUCUUUACUGCGGAUAACAUGCGUUCCAAUGAGGAUGGUUAUGACUCUGAUGACUUCAUGUGA